AUGGCGGCGGGAGCCGAGCGCGGCGCGGCGCUGCCCGCGGAGCCGCCGCCGCUGAGCGCCGAGGAGGUGGCGAGGCGGCUGGCGAGCACCCGCCGCGAGCUGGGCAACCGCCGCAAGAUCCUGCUGCGGAACCUGCCGGCCGAGAGCAGCAGCCAGGAAAUCCAUGACUUGUUUAAAGAUUAUGAAAUCAAGUACUGUUAUGUGGACAGGAAUAAAAGAACAGCCUUUGUCACACUGCUGAACGGGGAGCAGGCGCAGAGCGCCAUCAGGAGGUUCCACCAGCACUGCCUGCGUGGCAAGGAGAUCUCGGUGCAGCUGCAGCCCACGGAUGCUCUGCUGUGCAUCACCAACCUGCCCCCUUCCCUGGGCAUGGAGGAGUUUGAGGAACUGGUGCGUGCCUAUGGCAAUGUGGAGCGCUGUUUCCUGGUGUACAGCGAGCUCACCGGCCGCUCCAAGGGCUACGGCUUCGUGGAGUACAUGAAGAAGGACUCUGCUGCCAAGGCCAGGCUGGAGCUCCUGGGCAAGCAGCUGGAGGAGAGCACUCUGUUUGCACAGUGGAUGGAUGUGAACCAGCUCACCACAAACCUCAUUCACUCCAAGUGCCUUUGUGUGGAUAAACUGCAAAAAGACUGCGCCGAUUCCAAGGAGCUGCUCCAGGCUUUCUCCCUGAAGUACAAACCUGUCUUCUGCCAGUUUGCCCAGGACGAGGACGGCGGCAGCGGGGACUUUGCGGUGCUGGAGUACGAGAGCGCGGAGCAGGCGGAGAGCGUGCGGGGCGCCAUGGACGGGGCCACCAUCCACGGCAGGAGGCUCCAGGUGUCCUUCUGUGCCCCUGGAGCCCCGGGCAGGAGCACCCUGGCAGCCCUGAUAGCAGCACAGAGGAUGAUGAGGAACAAUAGGAAAGGUUUGCUUCCAGAGCCAAAUCCAGUGCAGAUCAUGAAAAGUUUUAAUAAUCCAGCAAUGCUGCAGAUGCUGCUGCAGCCCCAGCUGCGUGGCCACGCUGUUAAACCUGUUCUUGGAGCAUCUGCAGGCUUACCUCACCUCAUAAAUUCAGCAGUUGGGCCACCUUUUUUGCAGUUGAAUAAAGUUCAUCAGAGCUCACUGCUGGGGAGCACGUCCAGCCUGCUGCUGCAGAGCCCUGCCCACCUGCCCCUGCCCCAGCAGCAGCUGCUGAAGAUGGAGAACAUGCAGGCAAACAGUAAACCAGGUUUGCUGGGAGAGCCUCCAGCAAUGCUGCUGCAGACAGUGCUGGGCAUAGGGGUGAUGCCAGCAGUGAACUCAGGCCUGGCAGCACGAGGAGAAGCUCUCAAGUCAGCAGCAGCAGCAGCGGGGAUGGGCAUGCUGCCAUUCUUCCCAAACCAGCACAUGGUCGGACAGGCCCUGCCCGGGGCCCAACGCCGCCGCCGCGGACAAAGCCGAGCCAGCUCCGCCCUUCGCUGCGGCCCUGCCCGGCCUGCCCGGGGCGCUGCCACGGCCGCCAAGGCUGCGGGGCAGGGCAAGGGCUGCGAGCCCGGCAUCGCGACUCCCUUGAAGAAACAGACUUCUCUGCUUGGGGAGCCCCCAAAAGAAAUCCGCCUGAGCACCAACCCCUACUUGAAUUUGGCAAGUGUUUUGCCUGGCAUCUGUCUGCCAGCAGCAAUUGCCAGCAAAGCCUCCAGUCCUCCACAGCAGACCAGCCUUGCAAACAGUGUCGUGGAUGCUGCUGUGUCUCAGGGAACUGCACCACAACAUGCAAUGGAAAACUAUUUCAGUUAUUCCCAGCAGCCUGGGGAGUACCCACAGGUGGCCCCCAAGCGCAGCUCCUCGUUCCUGGUGUCGUGCCCCGAGCCCGGCCCCGCGGAGCUGCCGGGCCCCGCUCGCUACGCCGAGUCCUCGCUGAAGAAGAAGCGCGUGUACUGAGCCACGGCCCGAGCCAGGGCUGCCCGGGCAGCUGGGAUCCCUCUGCAGGUAUUGCUGCCUUAGCUCCCCUCCAGCAGCUCCUGCUGAGCGGGGUGAGUGUCCCCGAGCAGCCACUGCAAGCACAGAGGUGACACGGGGGGUGGCUGCUCUCGCUUGGACAGGAGGGGACAGUGCUGGCUUUGUCACCUGUGGACAGAGCACAGGACAUGGGGAGCUGGGGCAGCUCCAGCUGAAAGCAAUAAAAACCCAGAGGAAAGAAAGCUGAUCCUUUCUCCAGUCCUCAGCCUGAGGAAGUUAAAAGAGGAAGUCGUGAUAGUAAUUAUUUUGUAUUUUUUUAACUCAGAAUGUGGGGGUUUUUUCCAACUUUCCUUUUUCCAGGAUUAAGAGCUCUGCAUUUACAGCCUUUCAGUUUUUAAUAUUUCUUCUUAAUCCUGGAAUGGAGCGAUACCAAAUGGAUUCCCAGAGCCUCGGUGACGUUCUCAAUAAAUGCCUGUCCAAAGGGAGAUGCUGUCCUGGGCUGCCUUGGAAUAUCCCCUGGGAUCUGGAGAGCUGCUCCUUGGACAGUGGAAAAUCUUUGUUUUUACAGCUUUCCCUUGGAGGAAUUAAUUCCCAGUGUGAGGCAGCCUCCUCCUCCCACAGGUGUGGGACAGCUCUUCCUGGGCCACCCCACGUUGUUUCCCACUUUUGAGUGUAUUUUCCUUUUAAAGACUUUUUGUAUUUUUAGCUUCUUACCAGCUCUGCCUCGAGCUGUUCUCUUCUGCCCUUGGAGCUGGAGAUCAGCAAUCCUUCCUUCUGCCCUCAGUGGCAGCAGGUGAGGGCCAGCCCUCAUUCCAAGGCUGUGCUCCCUGGAAUCCUGCUGCAAAUCCAUCUGACCGAGGUCACUGAGGCCAGGAGCCACCUCCUUCUCCCUUUUCUUUGCUAGAGAACACUGAAGCCAUUUUUCAAUACUGAUUUUUUUAAAUUAAAAGUCUUAAACUUUUGCCUUUCAAGCUUUGGGAUGUGACCAGGAUCCACAUUUUCAAAGCUUAAAAAAAUCCCAAGCAAAUUCCCUCUUCCCUCAGCUGCUGGAAGUGCUCCACAAACAGGAGCCAGGAGCUUUUCUGGGAUUCUGCCUGUAUGUAUUGAUAAAUUCACUUGUAAUAUUUUGUUUCAACUGUUUGUAUAUGCAACUUUCUCAACUUGUUACACUUUUCAAUGAAAAUAAAUUGUUGGUACUUACUUCAAGUGGA